GCUACCUGGCUAGACGCUGUUCUAACGUCAGUAACUUUCUUCGGGUCCAGUGCCUUUCAUCUCGUUCAGUCGAGCACUUACCUUCACUUUAUAAACGGCGUUAUCAACACAACUCUACUUCUUCCUCCUUUAUGGACUACUGUUUUCUACAGGUUAAAAACCGGUGAUGCAUCUUCGGUUUGACUACUAAGACAAUAGAACUACAACAAGAUGGGGACAAACAAUAAUAUAGACCACGUCAAUAAGAACAACAACUGCAAUGUAGCCUCCAUGUAUUCGUGCAGUCAACAAAGUUCGAUCGAAGAUUUCUACAGUGGAGGAUCCGUGUUGAUCACUGGUGCGACUGGAUUUGUUGGUAAAGCUCUUGUCGAAAAACUUCUACGAUCGUGUCAGGGCAUCGUAAACAUAUAUUUGUUGAUACGACCCAAGAGAGGCCUGGAUCCUGAUUCACGAUUUCGGGAGCUCAUGAAAAAUCCGGUUUUCAACAGACUACAAAAGGAAAAUCCAACAGUCCUGUCGAAGGUUGUAGCUUUAGCAGGAGAUGUGACAGAAGUAGACCUCGGCUUGAGUGAGAAGGAUCAGGAGAGACUCAAGAAUGAAGUUACUGUCAUAUUCCAUUCAGCUGCCACUGUACGUUUCAACGAAAGACUUAAAGAUGCUGUCAGACUCAACACUCAGGCAACUCACAAUGUCAUCACAUUCUGCCGAAAAAUCAAUAAUAUAAAGGCAGUGGUUCAUGUUUCAACCGCUUAUAGCAACGCUGACAAGAGAGUUAUCGAGGAAGAGGUUUAUCCACCUCCAGCAGAUCCUGAGGGAAUAAUGCACUGCUGUGAAACUUUGUCAGAGUAUACUCUGGACCAUCUGUCACAGGUGCUACUGGCCAACAAGCACCCCAACACCUACACUCUGACCAAAGCUAUGGCAGAAUGGGUUGUGGCCCAACAUGCACAUCAUAUUCCUGUCGCUUUGGUGCGUCCCUCAAUCGUGACAGCCGCCUGGAGAGAGCCCACACCAGGCUGGGUUGAUAAUAUCAGCGGAAUUACUGGAAUUAUGAUGGAAAUAGGACGAGGAACCAUCCGAAGUAUCAUAUGCGAUCAGAAAUAUAUCGUUGACAUUAUUCCAGUCGAUAUCGUCGUCAAUACACUAAUUGCAGCGGCUUGGCAUGCUUCUAGUUACAGAACAAACGACGUGAAGGUGUUUAAUUGUACUUCGGGAACACAGAACGGAAUUCGCUGGGACCAACUGGGAGUAUUGACUCUCCGCCAUGCCUUAGAGCACCCAACCAGACACGUGCAAUGGUAUCCAGGCUUCACUUUCCGGACAAAUCGAGUAAUGCAUUUCAUCUAUGAAAUACUCUUCCACUUUGUCCCUGCAUUUGUCAUUGACAUCAUUUUGAGAGCGCAGGGAGCGAAACCCAUAAUGAUGAAAAUCUAUCACCGAUUCAAGUCGGCAGCUAAAGCUGGAGAGUUCUUCUCGCUCAACGAGUGGAAGUUCUGUUGCGAUAACCAGAAAUCCUUGUCUUACGAUAUGGCUGAAUACGAUCGCAAAGAGUUUGAAACAAACGUCAAAAAAGUCCAAUGGGAUGAUUACGUGAAAAAUUAUAUGAUUGGAAUACGAAAAUAUGUAUUGAAAGAUUCAAAUUCAACUCUACCCUCAGCCAAGCAAAAGCUUAAAAGAUUGUAUUGGCUACACAAGAUGGCGCAGUUUCUGACCAUAUUCCUUCUCAUCAAAGUAUUAUGCUUCAGAUAAACGUACAGAUGCCAAAAUUCCCACAAUGCCAACCAAAUCACAUGAUUUCAUGAAAUGCAUCACAUAAUUUCAUGAAAUCACAUAAUUGAUAUUGAGUGUAAUCUUUCUAAGAAUACUACAAUUCUCACUUUGCGCGUUGUCUGACUGCAAGAGGAGAGAGACAAUAGUUUUAAGAUGUGUGCGUGUGUGUUUGUGUUGUAGGAAAAUCUACGGGAAACAGGUUAACAAGUGCUUAAGAGACCUUUACAUUAGUCAAGUUUCCUUGAAGUUAUCUCAACAUUUGUGUAAAAUGAAUAUAAUUUGCAAAUUUGACAAUGAGUUUACAAGAACCCACUAUACUAAUGUAGAACCUUCAUCGAGCUUUGUAGAUGUUGAACAGUUUAGCUGUAGAUGAGUCAGGUGUUGUCAUGAAAUCUGGUUCUAUAAUAUUAAUUGAUUUUGAACAAAUAUAGUGGUAUUAAAAUAUAUUAUUAUUUUGUCAUGUGAAACUGUAUAAUUUGAGCAUAGCUCUAACAGUGUAUGACACGCCAAUUAAAUAAUUAAACUACAUCUAGUUUUCCCAGCCCUGAGGUGACAGCAAUUUCAAAAAACAGAAACGUUAUCUUAAUACUGAAUUACUCCACCCACGCACGUUGCGCGUAUCUUGUCAUGGCCCAAGACAAGCCCAACAAAGCCGUGGAGACCAGGGCGUGUUGCCAGAUUUACAAUUUUCACAUUUUUAUAUACAGCAAAACGCCCCGAUAGAGCACUGUCUUCAAAGUUUAUAAGCUAUAAUGAUGAUACAGCUAGAUAACAUCAUCGUCUUAUUCUUUUAAUUAUUGAGAACUACCACAUUUCCUUCCUCCCAUACAAUCAAAUGAGGUUCAACAUGUUUGACUUUUACAAUCCAACCUACAAUUGAGAAAAUUGAGAUGAAAAAGUUGUCAGUCAAUUAAGAAUGUAUGAAAGCAAAUCAUUAAAAAGUAUGAUGGAGAUGACAAAGAAAACUUUGAGAUUAGAUUUUCACUUCAUAUCUUUAUAAUAUUCUUCUCAGGUUAUGAAAUCUUGAAUUCAAGUGAACUUGACCAAUGUAAACGCACGGUCAAAAUAUAGUGAAGUGGCAAAGGUGAAGUGGAUCAUAGAAGGUAGCUGAGAGUAUAAUGUAUAAUGUAAUGCAUAUGAUGUGUCGAAGCAUAUUGGAGCGGUGAAGGAAGGGUAGAAGCAGAGAGAACUUGGAAAAUUGUUUUAUUUUCUGUGAUUGAAGGUAGAAAGAAGCGGAGGUAUGAACGAUUUAAACACUCCCUCUACCUUUUCUGAUACACUCGACCUCCUCUGCUGCACUAUUUUUUGAACAUUUGUGGAAGUAUUAAUAAUAAAUCUGUACCUCAGAGUUAGAAGAGCGUAAGUCUCAAACGGCUGAUUUUACAGGAGAGCCGAAAAAGUAUUACACUCCCAGCCGGGGCUAAAAGAGCGUGAGUCGAAUCAGCAUUACACUUACUUGUCAAUUAUUGGACUCACGUUGUUUCAGUAUUAAUGCUUACUGGACUUACGCUCUUGCAGCUCUGGCUCUCUUCAAAACAAUCAACUGCAGAGGACUUACGUUAUACUGAAUCUAAGAGUUCGAAAAACUGAACAAGCCAACUAUUUUAGUCAUCAAUUUGUCAGAAAAUCGACUUACGCUCCUCUAGCUCUGAGGAACAGAAAUUUGUCACUGAUGUUUCUCUUAUACUAUACUUGUAUUGUCAAAUUCGCAUUAUACCAGUAGUCCAGUCAAUAUAGACAUAAACGAGGGGGUGGGCUUGCAAUUUAUAUUGUAGUUCUGAUUUUUUAAUAUAUUAUUUGGGUAUAUAAGAGAAGGCCAGAACCAAUUUAUUCAUGCAAAAUUUCCUUGUGCUAGAUACAGAGUGGCCUAAAAACCUCGUAUUUUCGGAUCAUUUUCCAGCUUUCAGCUAUUCCUGCCAAAUCUCGUAAUCGGACAGAAAAAAUUGCUCCCACCUUUUUUUUAGAUUAUAAAAUUCUAAAUAGAAUGGGAUCAUUCGGAACUCUUUAUCUCCAAUGAGUACUGCGUUAUGA